AUGGCUAUUAUUACUGAGGACGAUCCUUCCGCAGGCACACGACAUGACCUACCCGAAUCAUAUCAACGACCGACUGGCGCCGAACAGCCGCUUGAACCCCCUCUUAAAACGACCACCAUCAGCGAUAAUGACUUGGUGCUCAACGCCGACCAAGCCGAGCAAAUCGACCGCUUUCUCCACGAGAUCCGCCUUUGUCAGAACGACACGGCAAAAUAUAAGCUAUGCCUCCAGACACGAGACGAUUUACUCGGUCAGCACUCAAGCCUGCAGUUCCUGAUCGCUGCAUUCGACCAGGUUAUGUUUGCCGAGUGCGCUGAGUAUCAUACUUGGAGGGAAAACAGAGUGCGCAGCCGACCGUCAAAGCUCCGAGAGGACGAUAUCUUAGUAUGGGAGCGUUUUGUGGGCGUCGCGACCGAAGGAAUGGAGAUCAGGCACAAGUGCCUGUCGGCCUUAAUGGAGGUGAGCCGUUGCUGGGGACGAGACAAGGUCCAGCACUACCAUUGGGCUUCUAGAGGAGAGAAGUACUGCAAGGUGCUGUGCACGGCAGCCCGAGCUGUUCCCGAAUGGACCGAGGCUGUGAUAAAGUUGAACCGGGUGAUGCUUGGACGACACCAACGUGUUGGGGCUCGCCUCGUUAAACCGGUAGCAAGUCCAAUCGAGCAGGGAGAUUUGUACACUCUCAAGGCAUGGUCAUACAAACAGGCCUAUAUGAAACAGAACGGCCAUGGCCAGUAUUCCCUUCUAUUCCAAAAACUGGCAAUUACAGACCUGCCCCAGGGGUUUGGCUUCGACAAAUUUGGACUCAUGGUUGGGAAGGAGUACGCCGUUGCAUCAGCCAAAGACGAUACACAUUCUUCAGACGUGCCGGAAGCUACCACAAAGCGCGACAUUGUGAGCGAGUUUGUUGACGAGUUCCUUGCCGACCAAUCAGCCGAUGCCGCAGCAAAUACCAGUAACCCGGAGGCAGCAGCAGCAGCAGCAACACAGGAGGAUCCAUCACAAACCGAGAGAGCGCUCCGGCCACGGACACAGUCAUCCUAUCGAGAAACGUCUAGUGGAAAACCAAUGUCGAAGAAUAGUUACUACCCCAAGGAUACCACAACGCUGCUGUCCGCCAGAAGUGCCAUCAAUGUUCCUUGCAGCUCUUGA